AUGGCCGUUUGCCAAGGCAACAGGAACCCAUUUCUGGCAGAGCUCGUCCCCAUGGCCAUGUCGAACGAUCUAAUUCUGCAUGCCUUGCUGGCACUGAGUGGUGUUCACCAAGCAGAUCUCGCUGGACUUCCAGUUGACCAAUUGACAUGGGUACAUUACGGCCAGGCGAUUCAGGGCCAGAAAUUUGGGCUGACUUUGAUGGCUCAGGGGGACAAAGAGCCUCUUGUGCCGCUGUUGGUGACCGCCAUCAUUCUAUGUGCUACCGAGACAUUCAGACUCAACGCAGGAGCUCAAGCCUUGUCUCAUCUGAAAGCCGUUCGCGUACUUCUUCAUGAGGCAUCAAGCCUAUUCAACUCUCAGCUCGGGCCUGAUACUCGAGCCUUCCUCAAAGAAAGAUACGCCUACAUCAUGACUCUUGCCCACAUCAGUAUGGGACAGGAAUCAGACCUGUGGGUGCAGGAAGACAUUGCGCACCUUUUCCCUACGUCCAGAGCCGAGCCAGAAAGUCAUUUUACGUCUGGCUGUGUGCACGAACUUUUUGGCCUCGUUCCUACGGUGUCAGUGGUUGCUCGAAGAACACGAGACGAACUUCGGCGAGGGAUAGGUUUGGGUGAAGCCGUGAUCGAGUGCUGGAGGCUACGUUCAAUCAUACUGUUGUGGCAGCCUCGCUCGAAUGACGAGGUUUACAGGUUAUGUGGACAACUGUAUCAACAGACCUUGCUGGUGUACUUGGAGUCUGCCCUGGACAGUGAUACAGGCUGUCUGGCAAGUCAGGGGUCUGAUUUGAGCUUGACGGAGAAGACUCUGGACGAUUUUAUCCAUUUUCUGAAGAUGGUCCCCACUGACUCUCCCAUCUCGACCAGUAUGUGCUGGCCACUGGCCAUCUUUGGAUCAUGUGCCAAAUCUACAGAGCAUAGGAAUUUCAUCAGCAGACGGCUAGAGGAGCUGUCGUUGAUGUAUGCAACGCAAAGCGUUCGAGACACUCAGCGACUAUUGGAGAUUAUCUGGGAGCAAAAGGACCCUGAUAUGGCAAGCCCACUUUGUUUUGCAGACUUUAUGAAGAAGGAGGGUAAGACGGUACUGUUCUUCUAA